CGUCAAAGUCCAAAGCAAUCUGGGACCAAUUCUACAUCACCAGAUGCAUUAUCCAGGUCACAUGGACCGAACUGGUACCCACCCCCACUGAAUGAAAGUAGCUCCCAGCUAGCUUUGACCAAUGGGGUUGCAGAACCUGUACUUACCAAUGGACAUGCAGUACCAAGUCUUGCCAAUGGAAUGCCAUCAUCUCUGUUGACCAAUGGACAUGGAGUACCUCUGACCAAUGGGGUUCCAGCUUCCUUGCUGUCCAAUGGCCUUGGAGGAGAAAGAGGCCGACAUGGCAGUGGUGCUAGUGGCAGCUGGCUGACUGUCUCCAGCACUGCUGAUGCUUUGUCAACUGUCUCCCAGACAACAGCAUCACCACGCCAACAAGGUCCCCCUCAGCCUCCAUCAGACCUGCGGAUCCUCCGAGCUGUGGGCAAGUCUUCUGUCCUGGUGGGCUGGACACUACCUCCAAUUGAUGACAUGGGAAACAGCAAUGGGGUCCAAGUGUCGGGUUACAAGAUCAAGGUAGAUGGAGAAGAGACUCAAGUGGUUCCCAGUUCUCAUGUCAGUAAGGCCCUAGUGGAGGGGUUGGACCUGACAGUGCCAUUCAUCCUGAGUGUACAGACCAUGUCCACAGACAGACAGCUGUCUGACAGGGUGGAGGUAGAGUUCACUGACCUGCAGGAACCCCCGUCUGUACUGACAUCAUCACGGCCCAGCUCUGCUCUAUCUGAGGAUACAUCAGUGUACUCAGACCCUGUGAUAGAAGAACCACCUCGCCUGUACAUGGCUGUGUACAACUACAGUCCCAGCAGGAACUCUCCCAACCACUACCCUGAGGACGAGCUGGGGCUGAGAGAAGGGGACGUGGUGACGGUGUUCGGCCCGCUGAGAGAGGACGGCUUCUACGAAGGAAAGGUAGACGGCAGGAGAGGUCUGGUCCCAGCCAGUUUCCUGGAGGAGAUCUCUACGUCUCAAGACAGACCUCAAGAUCCUGUAGACACACACAGAAAGCACCAGAGACGAUCACCCAGUAAAAGACAUACGUCCAAACAGAAGGAGGGUCAUCGGGGGUCACGACGUCAGGGUACCACAACACACAAAGACAGGAGACAGAGAAUUGUAUGAUACUUGAUGUAGAGGAGAAAUACAAGUCUUCCAAAGGACCAAAUUACACAGUGGCACAAGGAGACAGACAUUCUGGUGUACAUGUGUAUUACAUUGUAUAAGUAUUGCUGCAGUAAUAUUAUGAUAAAUGUAUGAAUAUUUUACAUUUCUAUAAAGGGAACAAUGCACAGUAUGUUUGUUUUUUGUAUUUGUAAUUGAUCAGAUAAUUCUAAUUUUUACUACAAGGUCCAUGUUUACAUUGUAUGACAAGUAUAUUCAACUUUGCAGCCAGCAUGCUUUAUAAUAAAUACAUGUACAUGUAACUUGAUUGCAUGGUCAACUAAUUCUCAAACUACCUGUUAUAAACAUAUUAAGGAUAUGUAAUUAUUGUAAUCAUCAGUUAAGCAUGUGGCAUGAGGAACAUUGUACAUUUUAACUCUGAAUUACCUCAGAAAAUGACGUACUAUGCUUUCAAUAUUAGAUGCGUAUAACAUUUUUCAAGGGAUGGCCCAGACUUUCUCAAGUAUUGUACAUUGUAUAUAUUAAUUGUAUCAUACUUAAAUAACUAUUCUCUUUGGCUAUUCUAAUAGAUACAAAAGGGUGCACAAGAAGAAGGACCACAGUGGAAUACAACAGUUAACUCUUAGAUUUCCAUUUUGCCAAGUAUUAUUGCCAUCACUUGCACAUGUAGUGGGUGCACCACCUUUGUAAAGUCUUAGUUGUAAGUCAGAACACUGUAAGUAGUGCACAGUUAUGAGAGAGAGUAGUUUUGUAUGUAACCUGUACAGUUCUCAGGGCUGUAGAGCUCUCACAAAUUGAGUAUUUUGUAUGGAUUUAAGGUAACCUUAAGGAAUGAGUUUUGUAUGUUGUAUAUGUGAUCCGUCCAGGUUGUAUAAAUUUAACAUGUAUGGAAUGACAAUGACUUAUGUCCAAGAGGAGCGAUAGUCAUUUUGAUAGAAUUUCUGUGCAUGCAAAAAUUAGAAUUCUCUUUCAUGUCUAUUUAUACUGUAGCAAAAUUGUAAUGAUGUAUAUUUUGUAGAAGACAGAUAUAAAUUAGCUAGACAAAAGGUUGGAAUAUGUUGGAAUACUUUAGAUAUGAUUUCUAUUUUUUUCAUUCAAAUAAGUUAUAAUGAAAUCAUCGCUGGGGAUGGUGCAUCUAGUUAUUUCAAAAUAAAGCCAUGGCAAAGAA